CACCAAAACCGAUCCUACUCGGAAAUGUUCGGCCUUCGCGAAGUAAUGAUGAAAAGCGGAUGAUAGACUUUCGAAAGUGUUGGUGCAAGCUUCCUCUGAGAUGAUUCCCAAGAGGUUGGAGAGCUCCUUCGGGAUGGCGCCAAACAAGAAGGGCGGUGAGAAAAAGAAGGGGCGUUCUGCCAUCAACGAGGUUGUGACCAGGGAGUACACCGUCAACAUCCACAAGCGCAUACAUGGCGUGUCCUUCAAGAGGAGGGCACCUCGUGCUCUCAAGGAGAUCCGCAAGUUCGCCAUGAAGGAGAUGGGAACCCCUGAUGUACGCAUCGACACUCGCCUGAACAAGGCUGUAUGGACCAAGGGUGUGAGGAAUGUCCCAUACCGUAUGCGCGUGCGCCUGUCAAGGAAACGCAAUGAAGACGAGGACUCUCCCAACAAACUGUACACCCUCGUCACAUACGUUCCUGUCACAACAUACAAAGGUCUGCAGACGGUCAAUGUGGAUGAGAACUAAUUAUUCACUGGUGUUGAAAUAAAUGUAUAAAAUAAA